AUGGCACUCCCAGCCACUACGCAGGUCGCGAUCCUACUAUCGAUCUUCGUCUUACCCAUUCUCACAUACAUCUAUUUCACCAAGAACCAGCAAGCAAAGAGUAAUGCUGGACCUUUGCCAGCAGCGACAGAGAUCACAGGGCUCUUCAUACACCCAAUCAAGUCAUGCCACGGCAUCAGCGUAAAGUCGGCAAAGCUCUUACCAACAGGUCUUGAUCUCGAGCCAGAUCGUCAAUGGAUGUGGGUGAGCUACCCAAACUACGAGUUCCUUACGAUCCGCCAAAACUCCAAAAUGACACUGAUCCGACCAACCUACGACGAGAAGACUGAUACCCUUACCGUUACUGCACCAGCGCCGAAUUCAGUUGAUGAGAAGUUGGAGUUCUCCAUCCCGGCUCAUCCAUCUAAGGAAUGGCUCGACGAGAAUACCGAGGAGCACUCGGCAAAGAUAUGGAGUACUACAACGGGAACCCGCGUGUACUCCACGAAGAUGACCGCUCCCUUCAACAGCUUCUUUGAUAAGGAAGUACGGCUCGUGUACAAGCCCCCUGUCUCCGAAGACCCCAGACCUCUAGUAUCGAACGGUGCACCAGGCGUCCUAGGAAGAGACGCAUCGACCUGUUUCCCCGACCUGAUGCCCGUGCUCGUCGGCAACCAAUCCAGCAUCGAUGAACUCAACACGCGUCUCAAAGCCGCAGAAGACCUCACAAUCGACGUCCGCCGGUUCCGACCCAAUAUUCUCGUCAAGGGCGAUGCUAACGCGCCCUGGGAUGAAGAUCGCUGGAAGACGAUCAAGAUUACACCUAACGCUGGUGACAAGCCGAUCGUUCUAGAUAUCACCCAGCGAUGUGCGCGUUGUCAGGUGCCUAAUGUACAUCCUGAUUCGGCUGAGAAGCACAAGACGCAGCCUUGGGAUGCGUUGAUGAAAUAUAGGAGGAUCGACGAGGGAAUCACAUACAAGCCCUGCUAUGGUAUGCUCGCUGUGCCGAAGUCGGUUGGGGAUCUCAGGGUUGGCAUGAAGUUUGAGGUUACUGAGGUUACGGAUAAGCAUCGGUAUAUCGCUGGAUUCUAG